AUGAUUCAUUAUUGGCUAGUAUUCGGUGAGAAAGGAACGCCGCGUCUGUGCCGUUGGUAUGAUCCCUUGUCGGCAGAUGAGAGGAAUUGGCUGUUGCUCCAGCUGAAGCAACAGCUGCUGUUGCCGCGUAUACAACCCAUAAGCGGCGCAGCAGGGGAGGGCUCUAGAGCAAACAGAAGGAAAGCAAUGCCGUAUGAGUAUCAGAAGACGAGGGUGUUGGUGAUUCCGCCAUCCCGUUUCACCAGAGGAAGUCGCAGCAGUCGUGCGGUGUACAGACAGCAUGACUCCCUGUUUUUCAUUGCGGGAAUCGACGGCGAGGAAGUACCUUUAGUGGUGGGAGAGCUCAUAGAUCUAUUUGUGGGGCUGCUACGGCAAAUCUUAGGAGUACCCUUGUCCACAGGACGUCCUCAGCUAGAAACUCAGCUUUCACAGCACUUAGAGCCUGGAUUACUGCUGCUCGAUUCCAUGGUUCAGCAAGGAUACUUGGUGUGCACUAACAGAGAGGCACUUUUGAGCCGGGUAAAAGAUCUGAUGAAGGGGGACUGA